AGAGUAUUAGAGUAUUUUCCUCACAAACAAGCAAUGGCUGUGGAUGUAGCAAUGCAGCUAUACCUAUGCUCUUCACCCUUGCGGAGAGAGAAGUGUGCCUGCAAAAUUGCUCCGAAGCCAAGCAAGCCAUUGCGGCCCUGCAUCCAGCUGAGUAGCAAGACUGCGCUGAAUGGACCAGAAGAGGCAGCAAACUCCUUCGCACACAACAAAGUGAAGAAGAGGGUGUCGUUUGCAGAUAGCAGAGGCUUCGCUCUGACGAUGGUGAAGGUGUUCUCGGAGUUUGAUGAUCCACUAGACAUUCCUUUCAACAUCACUGAGCUGAUAGACAACAUUGUGGGCCUGACAACAGUGGAGAGGGACAGCUUUGUCCUGGAUUUUGUUCAGCCCUCUGUGGACUACCUGGACUUCAGAAACCGCCUCCAGGCAGACUGUGUCUGCCUUGAGAACUGUACGCUAAAGGAGCGAUCUGUUGUGGGAACAGUGAAGGUGAAGAACCUCGCUUUUGAAAAGACUGUGAAGAUCAGGAUGACGUUUGACACCUGGAAAAACUUUGUAGAUCACCCAUGCCAGUAUGUCAAGGAUACGUACGGAGGGUCAGAUCAGGACACGUUUUCCUUUGACAUCAGCUUGCCCGAGGGAAUUCAAUCCCAUGAACGAGUAGAGUUUGCCAUCUCCUUUGAGUGCAAUGGGAAGGUGUACUGGGACAGCAACAGGGGCACAAAUUACAGGAUCAUACGGUCAGAACUGAAGUCUGCCCAGGAAGCCAUCCACCCCCCACGGAGCCCUGACUUCGGCAGUGCCUUUGACCAGUUCGGGAGCCCUCGGUGCUCCUACGGCCUCUUUCCCGAGUGGCCCAGCUAUUCGGGCUACGAGAAGCUAGGGCCUUACUAUUGACCCAAGGACAAAGUCCUGAUUGACUAACUGUUGCUGGCGUGUCCGCAGGCCUGGGAGCUAGUCUGAACAUGAGGCGUACGGAAAGGUGGAAGAAGUAUAGCUCCGUGUAGCUCUGCAUAAG